AUGAAAACAAUUAAAGAACUUGAUAAAAAUAAUUCUAGUCGUCUUCAAAAAUAUUUAAAAAUACAUCAUGACAUGAAAGAAUUUGGAAUGUACAUUGAUCAAACCGAACGAAACUAUUUAAUAGAAGCUUAUUUAGAUGUUGGUGAAUUAAGUAAAGCAAGAAAAAUUUUCGAUGAAAUCUGUGAAUUGAAAGCUCCUCUUGGGAAAAGAAUUUGCCCUUAUUGCCCCGCUUUUAAUAUGAUGAUGCAGGCUUAUGGAAAAAAUACAUCUACAUUUGAAGAUAAUCUUCAAGAAAUAACAUUUUUAUAUUCUUUGAUGCACGAAAAACAAGUAAUACCUAAUAUUUUGACAAAAAAUAUUCUCACUGAAAGUUUCCAAACUUACUUAAAUCAUGGGGCUAUACCGUGGUUUAACGAACUAAUGGAUAUGGAAUUAGUUGAUUCUGGAUUAACAAAAGAAGUUAUAGCUAUACUCCUCAAAAAUCAAAAAUUGGAUGAAGCGUUUCAAAUAUUUAAAAAAAUGAAGUCGAUUGAUCUGAUUCCAAAUAUAUACACUUAUAACGCGUUGAUUCAUGCUCUUGGUAAACAAGGGAGAGUUGAUGAAGCAUUGGAUGUGAUUCAAGAUAUGGAAUCACAACAAUUAGACCGUGACACUGCAUCAUAUAAUGUAUUAAUAAGAAUUUAUAGUCUUUCAAACAAUUAUGAGAAAAUGCAUCAACUUGUUGACGAAAUGUUAAAAAUAGGUAUAGCACCUGACGUAAGGACAUUUGGGGAGUUAAUAAAUGUAUACGCAAAAUUAGGAAAGGUCAAUUCGGCACUUAGCUUAUUACAUAAAAUGGUAAAUCUUGGAAUUCGACCUAAUGGUCAUAUUUACACAUCGUUGAUUGAACUUUUUGUAAAUGUAAAUGAUACUGAAUCUAUGGAUAAAGUUUUCCAUAAUAUGGUAACUGACGGUUUUGUUCCUCAAGAAAUAACCUAUUAUAUGUUAACCGCUGGAUAUUGUAAUGCAGAUAAUGUAUAUAAAGCAUUUCGCAUCUGUAGAAUCAUGUUGGAGGCAGGGAUAGAACCGACAGUUCGUAUAUAUAAUGCUUUGAUAUCGCUUUUUGCAGAGCGUGGAGAUCCUUUUAGCGCAUAUCUAUUGUUUAAUGAAAUGCGAACUUAUGGUUUGAUACCAGAUGUGUACACCUACAAUUCACUUAUACAUGCUAAUGUUAAGUCUGGUGAUUUACGUAAAGCCGAAGAAACAUUGAUGCACAUGGAAUUCGCUGGAAUAAAACCACAAUCCACUACUUAUAACAUUUUAUUACAUGCAUACGUGGAGAGAAAGGAUAUGGAUCGUGCAAGAGAAAUUUACAAUGAAAUGUUAGAAUCGUUAAUACACCCUGAUAAUUAUACUUUUUGUUGUUUAAUUGAUGGAUUUCGUGCAGAAGGCGAUUUAGAAACUGCCAUUAGUCUUUUUAAACAUAUGGAACUUAACUAUAGUUUAGAUCCUGAUGCUCAUAUUUAUACGGUUCUUAUACAUGGUCACUUACAAAAAGGAGACUUUUUAAGUGCUAAGAACCUUUAUGAGACCAUGAUACUAAGGGGCAUAAAACCUACAUAUGUUACAUUUGCAGUUCUAAUUGACGGCCAUGCUCGAUAUGGUGAUUUGGAAUUCGCCAGAAAACUUGUAUCAAAGCUGGUUUCACAACCUUCAUUAGCGCUUGGUGAUGAAUCAACACAAGGGGACUUCUUUCAAGAAAAGGCUACAAUCCCAGCACAGGUAUUUACACCCCUUAUGGAUGCAUAUGCUAAGCAAGGAAAUGUAGAUGCUGCUCGAGCAGUAUUUGAAGAAAUGAUAAAAUUGAACAUUCCACGUAAUGCACAUGCAUAUACUAUUCUUAUGGAUGCCUAUCGUCGUGUUCAUAAUCACGAAGCUGUUUGGCAAAUAUGGAACAGCUUACGCAAGGAUACGUUGUCAGAAACUUUAUCUUCUUUAUCAGAAUGGUUUGAAUCACAUGUGUCGAGAUCCAUACCAAAGGAUUUGCUGAGACCAUCACCAUCGGAAGCACUGUUGGAAACUAUGAAAACACCAUCAUCGUUGAAACCUUUGUUUUCGACAUCAAUAUUAGCAAAAUUUGACGUGCCAUAUAGUUCAGCCACAAUAUCGAAACUUCCAUGUCAUGCAGUUUCUAUUAUGAUAGAUGCUCUUACCGCCGAAAAACGGUACGAUAUUAUUCAACAAGAAUGGGAACAACUUGUUAGGGAACGUUUCGAGUUUGAUUCACACAAUUGGAACCAUUAUGUUCAAAGUCUAAUAACUUUCGGAAAAAUCAAAGAUGCAUGCUAUAUCAUUGACAAAUAUUUGAUGAGCGGAUGGUAUCAACAGAUGGAAAUUUGGAAACGUUUUGACCGAUUUCGAUCUCCGCAGGAUUUUCGAGAACAAAAAAGACUUUUGAGCCUUGUUGACAAAUUUCCACAUCAAAAAACAUUACUUAUGUUAGCUGAAGCAAUUGAAGAGAUGAGGGAAAAGGAUUGGCUCGUGGCGAGGCAAACACAAUCCGCAUCAUUGUUGUUAUUGGAUGAAAUGGAAGGUGAAUUUCCGGAUGUAAUUCUGGCAGCAAAAGAAAUGGCAAGAUCUGCGAAAUUGCAAAAAAAAAGGGAUGAAUAUAAAAAUAUAAACAAAGGAUAUUGGUGA